AUGGCUUCCCACGAUUUUACGGAAUUCCCACCUGCGUUGAAAGGCCGCCGCAUCUUACUCUGCGUUGAGUCUUUCGGUCCAAUCAACGGCGUUAGCAGGACCAACCUUAACCUGGUAAACCAUCUACGCUCACACGGCGCUCUUGUUGCUAUCGUGGCGCCUUGCAACCACACCAAGGUGAACACUUUCCAAGCGAUAGACAAUGCGGCCCCGGAGUCGCUAGUCAGCCAGGAAGUUCGGCUGACAGGAUACCCUUUGCCUUUCAACCCGGAGUUGUCAAUCGUCUACCCGGUCCGCCUCUCAAAACUUUACGAAAGGACCUUCGGGGGGCCUCCAGACCUCAUCUAUCUUGGUAGCCCUGCUUCGUUGGGGUUCCAGGUGAUGCUCCAGCUGCGGCAGCAACCCAAAGAAGCACAAGUUCCCGUCAUUUGCAAUUUUCAAACCGACCUAGGUGGCUAUUGCGAGAUACUAUUUCCUCAGCCCUUAGGGGCUUUUGCAAGUUGGACCUUUGCCAAGGUGCAAGGAUAUCUGUUCCAGCAUGUAUCCGUCAAGACCCUCUUCUACCCCAGUACCUUCGUACGGAGAUAUCUCGAACAAGCAGCAGGUGUUCAAAGCGCCAAACUGGAUGUCUUGAGACGAGGAGUCAAUACAGAGGGUUUCAAUCCUGCCAAGCGAAGUGCGAUUUUGCGGGAGAGAUGGGCACCCAAAGGAGAGUUGAUACUCUUCACCUGCUCUAGACUAGCAGGCGAAAAGGGGUUUGGCUUCCUCGCGGAUACCGCGAUCGAGUUAGAUAAGCGCGGGUUGGAUUUCAAGCUGGUCGUCGUUGGAGGGAACCGGAAUUCAGUGGUUGAGCAGGAGGUCAAAGAUCUCUUCUCGCCACUGUCAGCGAAGGGGAAAGUUAUAUUCACAGGCUUCAAGGUCGGAGAAGAUCUGAUGACACAUUACGCUUCCGCAGAUAUAUUUCUUCACUGUUCCAUCACCGAGACGUUUGGUCUAGUGGUGCUGGAAGCAAUGGCAAGUGGAGUGGCAGUCGUUGCCAGGGAUGAAGGAGGGCCCAGUGAUAUCAUCGAGCAUGGCACAUCUGGCUACCUUAUCCCGCCAAACGAUCUCGAUGGGUUCGUUGAGAAGGUCCUCCUGCUUAGCCACGAUACCCAAUUACGGAAACGGUUCUGCCAGGCCGGCCGCGUCCAAGCUUGUGAGGCUACUUGGGAGAAAAUCAGCAACAAGGUUGCUUGGAAGAUGAAUGACACCAUCGAGGAGUGGGAGGGUGAGGAGGCAAACCACCAACUCACGGCCGCUCGUGUUAUGACGGGGGGCCCGCUCUACACCUGGUUUCUGAUGAGCACUACUUUGAGAAGGUCGAUUGCAUCCCGGUUCGGUGACAUAAGGCUCGCUUGGGGAUUGUCCAUAAUUGUCGGUUUCUGGGCUGGGGUCAGUGUGUAUCUAAUCUUCAUCAAGACUGCACACUUCAUGAAGAAUCGAGCGCCGCGGCUAUAUGAUACAAUCAGAUCUACGAUUUGGAGGUAG